AUGCCGUUGUUCGCUCUGAUCGGUGCUGCCCGAGGGGUCGGCCUCGAACUCGUCCGCCAACUUUCUGCGAAUGCCGACAACACUGUCAUUGUGACUGUCAGGAACAAGGAGAAGUCCGUGUUCCUAAAUGAACUCGUGCGGCAGUCGCAGAACAAAAACAUCCACAUCUUGGAGGCAGAUGUCGUUGAUGCCCACGCCAUGGAGCGUGCUGCCGUCGAUGCCGCUGAGAUCACUGGCGGAGCCCUCGAUGUUCUCAUACAUAAUGCAGCCCGUAUGGAAGCGGAGAAUCGGGUAAAGGGAUUGUUCGACUAUGAAUCGGCCGAGAAACUCGACGCCGAAUUUCUGGCCUCCUUCCAGGUCAACGUCCUUGGAGUUAUCCACGCGGUCAAUGCAUUCUUGCCGCUGUUGCGCAAGGGUACGACGAAGAAGGUGGUAAUCAUCGGCAGUGAAGCAGGCGACUGCGGACUCGUCUGGAAGAUCCGGCACGCGCACGCUGCAGCCUACGGAACGACCAAGGCCGCAGCCAACAUGGUCGCGACCAAGUAUGCGGCUGAACUGGAGAGCGAGGGGUUCACGGUGGUCUCAGUGAGCCCUGGUACGGUGGAUGUGUCCGGGACAUCAGCGUCCGGUGCCAACCAUGGUAAGUCUUGCUUUGUGACCGACCCCAGAAUCGACUUACCCACCUAUGCGUCACGAACCUGA